AUGUAUUUGAUAAUCUUGAUAAUACCAAUAAGUAUCACAAUCGCUGCGUGGAACUGUUCACGAAAAGGAGCGAAGGGAAACAGGCUUAAGUGGAAGACACUAAAAAAGGCACCUGGAACCGCAAAGCAACCGCCUAAUGGAGUGAAAGUUAAACAGCCAGAAAUUGCAAACGAGUCCAGUAGGUACAUAAACAGUUUGAAAUUGUAAUUUUAAAAUUACAGAAAAGGUAGAGACUGAUAAUAUUAUUACGGAUUCGAAGCUGCUGUCGGAUGCAAAGCCAGCUGAACAGCCGAAGAUUCAACCAAAGAAAGAACAACGUACAUUGAUUUAUACAAUUCCAUGUCUAGUUCUUGAUUAUUUACAAAAUUGAAUACUUAUUUUAUUUAAGGUAAUGAUACAACCGAAGAAGAAAAUACCGACCUGUGCUCUGAAGCUUUCAAUCUGCAACUUCAACAAUAUCGACAGUAAGUUGAUCUGAUUUAUGUAUCCAAUCUUCCAGGAAGAAUGCAAAGCCCAAAAACAAGGAUAAAACAACAGAAGCCAUGACUCAACUCGAAACCCAGUCCAAAGUCGUCGAUCCGAUCAGUAAUGUCGUUACAUGCCCAGUGAAAAAUGAUGCUCCAAUUGAUGUCGAGAUUCCGGUUGACAACAAAGACAACGAAUUAAUUCCAAUGUCACGCUACCUUGCCUGA